AUGAGAAUGUAUCAAAUUAGGAAAUUGUGCAAUUUAUUUAUUUUCUGGAUAUUGAUUGUGUGUGAAUUUGUUAACAUAAAUGGAAUAUCAAUAGAUCACUCAAGGUUUCAUUGCAAUCACCAGCACCCGAAAGCUCAUGAGGUGAUUCAUGGUGCCAGCUUAGGUGAACCGGAACAUAUCAUAAGAAAGCGAAGUAUUGAUCAGAAACUUCGAAUAUUGAUGUUUUAUGAUGAUUCCGUUUACAGAUUGGAUGAGGAAAAAUUUGCUUUAAUAAAUAACACUAUAUUACCUGAAGCCGUAAGUUUCUGGGAGCAAGCUCUGUAUGUUCGUGAAACUAAAGAGGCUAUAAGACUGAAUAGAAAGUGUGAAAGCACACAAGUCUUCAUAAAAAAUUCACUGACCCAUUGCAUAGAUAGUUGCAAAGCCGUUACCAUGUGUGGAGAAAUUCAAGUUCCUGAAGAUCAUCUAGACGUUUGUCGUGUUUGUAAUGCUACUGGUCAAAAUUGCAGAACAGAAGAAAAUUCACGAGCUGGCCCUGGAAUCAGAAAUGCUGAUUUUGUGUUUUAUGUUUCCGCACGUCAAACUGAAAGAUGCCACAAAGGCUUAACAGUUGGAUAUGCAGCUCAUUGUCAACAAGAGUCGUCUUUGGAUCGUCCGAUUGCAGGUCACGCGAAUUUAUGUCCAGAUUCCAUCAGCACUAAGCCACAAGAGCUUCAAACAUUAUUGAGCACAGUUAAGCAUGAAAUUUUACAUGCUUUGGGAUUUUCUGUUAGUCUUUAUGCAUUCUUUCGAGAUGAGCAUGGAAAGCCGCGAACACCAAGAAAGCCAGAUACAGGAAAGCCUUAUCUUAAUGAGAAACUUCAAAUCCAUCAAUGGAGUAAUGCGACAAUCAGAAGAAUAUCGAGAGAUGAAUGGGAGGUCAAGGGUGGCAAUAUGAGGAAAAAUAUUGAUAUGAUGGUGACACCUCGUGUUGUUCAGGAAGUGAGAAAUCAUUUCAAUUGUUCAUUAUUGGAAGGUGCUGAGCUUGAAGAUCAAGGUGGAGAAGGAACAGCAUUGACUCACUGGGAGAAGCGAGUAUUUGAAGCAGAAGCUAUGAGUGGAACUCAUUCUAGUCGACCAGUAUUUUCUAGAAUCACUUUAGCGUUAAUGGAAGACACUGGAUGGUAUAAAGCAAACUACGAUAUGGCAUCGGAAUUGAGUUGGGGCAAAAAUCUUGGGUGCGACUUUGUAAUGAAAAGCUGUAAAUCAUGGAUUAAGUCACGACAUAAUAGUGGAGCCUCAAUUCAUCCAUUCUGCUCAAAAGUCAAACAUGAUCCAUUACAAACGGAGUGUACGGACGAUAGAAAUUCUGUAGCUCUAUGUAAUUUGGUUAAACACGAGUAUCCACUGCCAAAAGAAUAUCAAAAUUUUGAUAGCCUAACUCAUGUUCAUGAUAACUUAGAAUUUUAUGGAGGAAGCGUCUCUCUUAGUGACUAUUGUCCAUACAUACAAGAAUUCACAUGGCGCAGUAAGAAUGUCGUUGUUCGCGGUUCACAAUGCAAAUUUCAGGAGAACAAUCCAAAUCCAGAGAAGAACUUUGCAAUGGAAAGAUAUGGAACACAUUCAAAAUGUUUUGAGCACACAAACAAAAUGUGGGAGGAAAGGUCAUGCUUUCAGACGAGAGAAUGGCAACAUUUUGGAUCAGGAUGUUAUUUAUAUGCUUGCAAAAAUGGAAGAGUUCAUAUUCAUGUUGGAAAUUAUACAUUUGAAUGUUUUAAACCUGGUCAAGAAAUCGAUAUUAGAGUACAUGAAGGUGGUUGGUUGAAGAUGGGAGCUGUUGUGUGUCCUCCGUGUGAGGAAUUGUGUGGAGAUGAGUUUGCAAACAAAGGAGAAGAGUGCAAAGUUCCAGAAGAAGUACCUGCUCAUCACUAUUCUCCAAAAGAUUCACUUAAAUGCAGUUCUGCAGCCAUUUUACCAAGUGUUUUAGUAUUUUCUAUAAGUUUUAUUUUCAUUAGGUCACAAGAUUAG